UCUGACUAUACACGAACAUUCUUGUGAAACCAAUCCUUCUUCUUGCAAGUUGGCUCCGUGGUGCUGCUAGAGACAAAAUGUAUGCUUUGUUAGUUCUUUGCAUGCUGGUCGUUGCUGCAACGGCGCAGUCGACAACAGUACCAACAUCAAAUAUCAUCGACUUCCUGACUGCAGGACGCCAGACCACACUUCUAAAUCUUAUUCAGCAAGCGGGGCUCACUGAUACUCUUAAAGGACCUGGACCAUUCACCCUGUUUGUCCCCGACGAGAGAUCCAUACGUAAUUUGGAUGCAACUGACACGGCAAAACUGACCACCUUUCUCAAAUACCACGUGGUUAAUGGUCAAUACCGACUAGCUGAUCUGUACAAUGAGGAGAGUCUCACUUCCCUCGAGCCCAACCAAAUGAUCAGGGUCAACUACUAUAACGAUGCAGGGGAAUUUACCCUGGAGGGUAAGGCCCUACAAUCAUCUGAUCACGUGUUGAGUAAUGGAAUUGUUCACUUCAUCAGUGGCAUGAUGAUUCCGCCGGCGGGGACCGUGCUGGACGUCGUCCUAAAAGAUGGAAAUCUUACCACACUCGCCUCAACUAUAAAGAGUGCUAUGCUAGAGAACUUCUUUCAAGAUCAAAAGCCCAUCACCCUCUUUGCUCCAACUGACGAAGCAUUCAACAAACUUGGAAGUGCAACUGUACAAGGUCUUAUCGCCGACCCAGCACUUUUGAAAAGUGUACUUCAGUACCACGUGGUCCCGGGGACAAUCUACAGGGCAGAGUACCACAGCGCUUACCUGCACACCUUUGAGGAGGCCGACCGGAUUCGGCUACAUAGAUUCCUCUUCUUUGGGUACGAGGCUGAUGAUGGCGGUAUGGUGGACGAUGAGGUGAGUGCCACCAAUGGGGUUGUCCAGAAGAUUGACGCUGUUCUCAUCCCCAGCUCGCUGUCUGACCAGGUCAAGGCUUUGACCGCUGGGGCAACGACAGCAGCAUGAAGACAUUACCUUGUAAUCCCUUGUAAUUGUGAUUGAUUAAAUCAAAUAUCAUA